UUUUAGGUCUAUCUUAGAUGUAGUAAAAGUAAUAAAUAAAAUGAAGGAUAUCAGUUUUGUUAUCUUUCAGUGGUUACUUCAGUUUGCAAAUUAUAACCCAUUUUUCCUUUUUCCUUCUUUCUAUUCGUGUUCAUUUCAUAUUUUGGAUUUUGAUUGCAGGCCGCUUUCAGAUGUUUCGAGUGAUCUCACAGUGAAUAUCGGAGCAGCAAAUUUUUCGCUUCACAAGUUUCCACUGGUCUCUCGGAGUGGGAAAAUCCGGAAAAUCUUAACAGAAGCAAAGGACUCAAAAGCGUCAAACAUAACUCUCCAUUCAUUUCCAGGUGGCCCAGAAGCCUUUGAGCUUGCUGCCAAGUUCUGUUAUGGCCUAAACAUAGAGAUCACACUCUCAAAUGUUGCCAUGCUAAGGUGUGCAUCUCAAUUCCUAGAAAUGACAGAAGACUUCACAGAAAGGAAUUUGAUAUAUAGAACUGAAUCUUAUCUCAAAGAGACCGUGAUCCCCAAUAUUUCAAACUCCAUAGCUGCACUGCACAAUUGUGAGGGCUUACUACCAUUUGCUGAAGAUACCCAGAUCAUAGGUCGAUGCAUAAAUGCAAUCUCUUCAAUUGCCUCUAAAGAACAGCUUACCUCAGGACUAUCGAAGCUUGAGAGCAAUUCUCUCUCUAAACCCAACAUGGCUUUGGAUUCCGAGGCUCCAUCAGACUGGUGGGGAAGUUCUCUCACUAAACUUAACCUCGACUUCUUCCAAAGAGUAAUGAUCGCCCUGAAAUCAAAGGGUUUGAAACAAGAAUUGCUAAGCAAGAUUCUGAUUGAUUAUGCACAAAAUUCUCUUCAAAAUCUUGGACUCAAAGAUACGCAUGUCACAAAAGGAACAGGAAAUGAGGAACCUUUACACAAGAAACAGAGGGUUAUUGUCGAUACCAUUGUCAGUUUACUGCCAACCCAAUCAAGGAAGAGCUCAGUUCCAAUAGGGUUCCUAUCUGGUUUGCUAAAAGUGGCCAUAAUGGUGUCUGCAAGCUCUAGUUGUAGAGCUGAGCUAGAGAAAAGAAUUGGAUUACAAUUAGACCAAGCAAUUCUAGAAGACAUCCUCAUACCAUUAAACUCAAAUAGUAACGGGUACCCAACAUUUGAAACAGAAACAGUGUAUAGAAUUUUCUCUAUCUUUCUUCAAUUGGAUGAUGAAGAUGAUGAAGGGGAACAGCUCAUGAGGGACGAAACUGAAAUGGCUUAUGAAUUUGAUAGUCUGAGGUCCCCAAAGCAAAGUUUAUUCUUUAAAGUAUCAAAGCUCAUGGACAGUUUUCUUGCAGAAAUUGCAGCUGAUUCGAGUCUUUCAGCUUUGAAGUUCAUUGCCAUGACUGAGUUACUACCGGACCAUGCUCGCAUGGUUACCGAUGGAUUAUACAGAGCCAUUGAUAUCUUUCUCAAGGUCCAUCCUAAUAUCAAGGAAUCCGAUCGUUACCGCCUAUGCAAGACCAUUGACUGUCAAAAGCUAUCACAGGAAGCUUGCACACAUGCAGCUCAAAAUGAAAGGCUCCCUGUUCAAAUGGCAGUCCAAGUCCUAUAUUUCGAGCAAAUACGUUUACGAAAUGCCAUGAAUGGUGGUCAUGACCACUACUUUGGAGCAUACAAUACCCACCAUACACAAAGAUCAAGCAGUGGAGGAGGAAGUGGAGCCAUCUCUCCUAGAGAUAACUAUGCAUCGGUUAGAAGAGAAAAUAGAGAAUUAAAGCUCGAGGUUGCAAGAAUGAGAAUGAGGCUUACUGAUUUGGAAAAAGACCAUGUCUCUAUGAGACAAGAAAUGGUAGUGAGGUCUAAUCCUGCACAUAAGAUGUUGCAUUCAUUUACAAAGAAGUUGGGUAAGCUAAAUUCUCUCUUUCGAGCAAAAGAUAGCAAGCCAGUGACUUCAAAGUCGACUUCGAGUGGCAGGUUUUUGUUUCAAAGGAGGCGCCGCCACUCUGUGUCUUGAUGGUCCCCUACAAAACAUUUUUGUUUUGGGUUUUGCUAGAGCUAGUACAGUGUUGUAGUAUUGUGUAAAUAGUAUUUUGAAACUAGGUUAUCCUAGCAAAGAAUAUGUUUUUGGGGAAAUGUGUGUGGUUUUGUGGAAUUUGACAGGAAUUAAUUCAAAAUGCAUCUGAAGAGUAUGAAGGAUAGCAACUUAUUGUGAA